GGGGGGUCUCCAGCUCUGCCUGUGUCACAUGGAAGCACAGUAGCUGAUCCGAGGGGAUGCGAGUAGAGAUGGAGGGGGCUUGAGGGACUGUGGAGGAGAAGCCUGGCACUCGGAGAUAAUAUUGGAGAUACAGCAGCAUCAGCAGCAGCAGCGGAUUCGCAGGUUAGACGCUUCCCAGCCUCCCUUCUGGCUGGGGAGCAGAGGAGCGCGGACAGGGCGCGCAGGAGGGUCAGUGGGCGCUCAGAGGAUGCCACAUGCAAUAUGCUGCAUUCCCGUUUUGUGAAGCCGAGGAAAGCCAAGCUAUCGCCUUUGAUCGAUUAUGCUCGUGGGGAGCACCUGUUCCGAGGGGAAGCAGACACAGAAGGAAGCGACCAGGGUUGAUGCUGCGUCUCCCCAAAUCUCUGAGCUGAAUCCCAGUGAGACGUGGCGCUUCCCCGCGUGCAUGAGUGUAAGGGUGUGAGUGUGAGUGUGUGAGAGCGAGCGAGCGUCAGCGCUCCCACAUGGCCUCCAUGCAGGACGGGCUGAACUUCACGGCUCCUCCCUACGGCAAGGUCCUGCUGCUGGGUGCUAUCGCUGCUGCCUCAGCCUUUGUUGUUACGAUCCUCAUCGUGGUGCUCUGCGUGGGCUGCCAGAGGAAGGGGAAGACACACAAUGUCCCCAGCGAGGGUGGAAAACACCGUCUCAUGGACAUGGGUAUACUCAGGCAGUCGAAGCUGCGGUCCAUCAGUAAAUCUGACACUGAGAUGAACAAGAUGAACUGCAACGGCAAAAGCAGGCAGCUUCCCCAGAUUCCCUCUGGGACUGGAGAGGACGGCGAGCACACUUACUCUGAAGUGGGCCGGCGCUCCUCCACCACACGUACUGACGAUGCCCUCUACGCCAUGGUAGGCAGAGCUGGGCAGACAGACACUCCGGCCCCUCCAGCUGUCCCAGCCAACACCCCGGCGCCCCCAGACCCAGACGGCGACGUGGAAGGAGGGCUCCCCGAACCCGAGGCCCAGGUCAUGACUCCCCCCCACCAGCCGGAGACGGCAGAGUACGCCUGCGUCAGGAAGCUGAGGAAGGCCGACAAGGCGCCUCAAAAGAGGGACAGUGGGACGGAUAUGGGGGAACCGCCGGCACCGCCUCCGCGACACGCCCCGCCGUCACACCCAGCACCUCCUCCGCCACACCCUCACAGCACAAAGUUGCCCCGUAGAAACGUUGAGGCCUUUAACGUCCCGUCAUUCCCAAAGGAAGUGAUGUUCAUGGGCAACGGAGAGCAGUACAUCUGGAAACCUCCAGAAGAUGAGGACAUGCUCAUGCUCCAAAAUAAAGCCCUGGGCCCGCUGGCUGCUCACACGAUGGAGAAUAUACAACCAUCUGCUGCUGUGGUAGCUGAGAUGUACUCUAAGGUGUGUAAAACAGGAAAGAAGAAGAGGGCUGUGCCGGGGUCUCCUCCAGCCAACCCCGGCUUCCGGACCUUGGGUCGUGGCGACCGGGACCGAGACAGAGACGGGGGGUUUAGUGUAGUGGUCAAACCCCAGACGUGGGCCCCUCAGGAGGGCAAAGCAGCCGGUGGGCCACUGGACGACCACUGCUACGAGUCCAUCGGGACAGAGGAGUGUGACCUGGCCUAUGAGAACCUGGAAGGGGGAGGCGCUUGGAAGCGAGAGAGGCCCCCCAACACGUGUGCCACCCUGCGGCCGAGGAGGAAGAAAGCCCAGCAGCCCUUGCAGCAGCAGCAUCCCCCUCCGCCGCCGCCGACGCAGCAGACGCCCAAGUUACAGCACCUGCCCGCCAAAGCUCUGCUGCUGCCGGGGGAGAACCUGUACGAGAGCAUCGGCGACCUGAAGCAGGGCUCCGCCACCUCCAGCACCACCACCAUCUUCACUUUCAACGAUGGCAUGGAGAUGUAUGUAACAGGGCUCUGAGGCAGCGGCUGCACUGUGACCCCCUUAUCCUUCCAACUCGAGGAGCUGAGCUAACACCACGAGGAGUGACGGCUGAGCCCCUUUCAUGCUCACCCACACAUACUGUUUACAUUCAAGUCAUAACAUCAAGCCGUUCACAGGCUCCAGACGCCUCGGGCCGUAUUGUUGAUCUGUUAUGACCUGGGCUAAAUGCAAAGUCCAAUCUAUAAACCUUAUAAGGAAUCCAAAGGUAGUGAAUACUAAAUGAGCACAAGACCAUUGCAGAGCAAUCUGUAGGUAACAGUAGCACUUCUAUUUUACUGAUACUUAUGUGCAAAGCACAAUAAAGUGAAUAGCCUAAAUUCUUCCUCAAUUCUAGCGGGUAAAAAUAGUUAUAUAUCUGGUCCGAGCAGGACUUCAUUUUGGGGAGAAGGCACAGCAUAUGUGAAAUAUUUUGGUAGCACUUAGUCCGUCACUAACAGGCCUUCCCUGUAGUUGGUCAAGAUGUGAUUCAGGACGGAAUUUAAAUGAUAUAAAGGAAUGAAUUACUAAUCAAAAUGCUUGAAAGCUCAGGGACCAAGAGAAACGAUUAUGAGAGUAUUAUAAGAACGAAAUUGCACACAUUUUGCAUUCCUCCUAAAAGCUUCAACUAAUUUCGACCAUUCUCACGUUCAAAGGCUGACCAGAUUCUUCCCUCUGUCACGUUUUGUUCCACCUGACAUGGACUGAACACUGUCUCCACUGCCGUCUGUAAAUGAAGUGUUUUACUUUGUUGAUCCUGUUUCUGCACUUUGCCUGCUACAAGUUGCAUGCUUAAAAAGUGAAAAAAAAAAACUAACAAAAAAAAAAACAAAAACAAAAAAUCAAGCACUGUCAUGUGGUACCUCUAUAUGAAUGUUUUUUUUUUUCUAUCGUCGUUGGUUGUUUCUUUUUUUUUUUAAGUGUGUUGCUUUAUUCCUCUGUAGAGCUCAAAGCCAGUUAGAUUAAGGAAGUCUUUGGCUCAGUGGGACUCCGUGCAGCAGAGAGGAGUAUUAAUUUCUCUCCUGGACCGGCAACACGCGCAGUACAGAUGAAACUAGACUAAAGAGAACUGCUCGUGUCCGUAAGGUGGAGACAGUCCACUCAACCCUCCUCCUCCCCACCCACCUCUCUCCCCACAGCCUCCACGUCUGCUCAGUUCUCACUCAUAUCCGUGCAUCUGCAUAGUCCCUUCCUUGUGGUCAUACAAAAUCUGCUUGGGUUUCAUCAUAGUGCAGCGUGGAAAGCAAAAGUAGAACUGAUGUGUAUUAGCAAACGUCACGUCUCAUCAUGGCUCCAUCGAUGAACACUCUCUGUUGUCAGUGUUAAAAAUAUUGCAGAAGUGACAGAAAAUGUGCGGCAAACAGCUCGCUAAGCGCAGAGCAUCAUCCCCCACCAACACACACACACACACACACACACACCCUCGAGGACGACAGAUCACAUCCGAAUCCCGGACAAUAACUUCAUUUGACCAAAUAUCCCCAGCAAACAAUGUGAUUAUACUGUAUGUUGAUGCAAUGUGUAUGUACAUGACAAAAGAGAAAGAAUAAUAAAUAUAUCAUCAGUGUCAAGAAAUCUAUCUUUUUCUAUUAUGUUCAGUUGUGUUUUGGAAUGACUUCUCUUGUGACACAAACUGCGAAAAACAGCUGCAAUGUAAAUCUCAGUGUGAUCUGUUUGUUGUUUUUUGAAGCCAUGAAGCUACGGUGGUGUUCUUGGAAAGCCCUGCUAAGUUAAAUGUGGCAGCUAAUGUUGUGUGUUUGCUAUUCAGACUACAGGGUCUUGUACUCAAAAGCGUGUAAUUAAGUGCUAAGUGCAAAAGAUUGUAAUGUUUUAUAUCAAGAUUACUAUUCAUGAAAUGUCAGUCAAGUUUAUACUUUUGUAAUAAAGUGGCACUUUAAAAAAAAUA